GUGGCAGGGCGGCGCGCUGGGGUCGCGCGGGGAGGGCAUCACGGAGCCCAUCAUGCCCGCCAUCGGCAUCCAACCCGGCGCAGGCUUGGGACAUGGCAGUAAUCUUUUUAAAACUAAUGUAAUCGCAACCAAGGACCCCCAACCUGUUCCCCUUGUACAACCUGAAAAUAUACCCAAUAAGGAUAAAUCUUCAAAGAAAGCAAAGAAAUGCAGACAGAAUUACACAGUAAUUGAAGGUGAAGAGACUUGUUUAAAGAUAUUAAGUAAAAUCCUCGAAUUUAUUAAGUCGAGUGAAGGAAAAAUGGUGUUAUAUUUCGAUGAAAUACUUCAAGAAGAAGACACGAGAUUCGUUAUUUGCAGUAUUGAUAGAUUUAAUAGGAGAAAAUAUGUUCGUAAUUUGAAAUCACAAUAUGGCGCUGACGACCUUAGGAAAGUGCAAGAAGCCAUGUUGUCUAAACCACAUGUCAAUUUAGCCGCCAAAAUAACAGAAGAUAAAAAAGAAAUUGUAUUAACAAAGACAUUCAAAGGUGAAAACAACAACGAAAUCGAUGUAGACUUUGCUAUUGAUAGCAAUGAUUCUAUUCGAUUGAACAUUUCUGUAUUCAGAUACAUAAAGUCUAUGAAACCUAAACAAAUGUAUGGUAUUUUCACCAAACCAUCGUACCAACUGCUAGGUUUUAAAUUAUCUAUGCUAGAACAGAUAUUAAAAUUCUUGGAUGAGAAACAAUCUACGUUAAUGUUAUAUAUCGAUAUAAAUUUAAAUGACAAACAUACAGAUUACUUGCAAAAUUUCAUUGAUGUUAUUAAUAUGGGUCGUAAACCAAGAUAUCCGACAGAAGCUGAAGAAAUACUCGUAGAAAAAAUAUACAAUAAAAUAGGAGAUUAUUGUCUCAUAUUAGAUUGUUUUACACCACUCAAAAUAAUAAAACUACAGAAAAGGAAUCGUAGCACACAAGAUUCCGGAGUUUGUGAAUCAAAUAAUAAUGAGUUAGGAACAAAGGAAUUAAAACAAACUGAAAAAGAUAUAUUGAUAGAAAAACAAAAUAAUGAUAAUUCAAAUUCAAUAAAUACACAUGAGUUUGAUAUUGAAAAAACGGUUGAAACGAUCACUUCACGUGUUAUUAAUAAUAUAUCGCACAUGUAUGGAAAUAAUUUAAAUAAGACGGAUUCUGACAAUACAUCAGUGCUACAAGAAAAUAAAGAAACGGUAAAAGAAACCGUAAAACCAAACAAUUUAUCUAAAACAAUAAAAGAGGUUAUUGAAGUUCAACAAAAAAUAGAUGAAAUUACAAUUGACUUAACGGAAGAAAAUUCAUCUGAAGUAGAACAAAUUGAAAAUACUCCUAUGCAAGAUUUAAAAAACAUAGAAGAAACUUUAGAAGAUAAUAAAGAAGUUAUUGAAAAAGAUAUAGAAGUACCUCAAGAUAUAGAGGAAAAAGAUUUAUCCACAGAAAGCGAAGACAUUUUAAAAAUAAUAAAUGAUCUAGAACAAUCUAUUAGAAUAGAAGAAAAAGAUCUCGAUGAUGAACUCAAUCAUAAGAGAAAUCGUUCAGAUUCGAAUGAUUCCCAAUUACAAGAUACAAAGAAAGUGAAACAUCAGUCAAUAAAAUUUUAUAAACAUAUUGAAAUAACACCAAAUAACGCGGUAGAAACUAUGAAUACAAAUUUAGCUGGAAUCGUACAAAGUCUUAUAUCUAACGCAAUAGAUAAUACUGAUUCUUUACCAUUAUUACAGUGCAAUGGUAUUGUGAAUGAUAAAUUAUUAUAUAUUUGUUAUAACGAAAACACAUACAAAUGGAUAAAAACAGUAUUAAAGGACCAAUUCUUAGUUUUAGAUACGGAACAUUUGGAGGGUAGACGUAAAUUGAAAAUCCAUUUAAAAACGUAUAUCUAUGAUGAUACAGCGAAAAUUUUAAAUAGAAUAAAAAUUUACAAUUCUUAUUUAGAUGUAGAUAAUUGGAAAAUACAUAAAACAUUUGUUUCUGUUGAUUCUACAUUUUUAUGGAUUGAAGUUGAUGAAGAAGAUUAUGGUUUUAUAAGUCGUAGUGCUUUUUCAUUAUUUGCUGGUAUUGAUAAAGCUACAUUCAGUGUUACAUGGGAUUGAAAUUAUUUGGAAUACAUUUUCUAAAUAUAUUUAUUUAAGACUUAUAUAUCCCAAUAAGACUGUACAAUUGUAUACAAAUAUAAGUGAAAAGUUAAUUAAAAACAAAUCGGACUUGUACGGGUUUACAAUUUCUGCUGCCAUAAGUUAAAUAUAGAAAUAAGUUCACUUUUCUUUCAAAGAAUCAUUGCCUGUUAAGAGUUUAUUUGCCACUUAUUACAAAAUUCCCAAAUUCUUUAAUUUUUCUACAUUCUUUCUUUUAUAAAUCUUAAUGCUCCUUACAUUACUAAAAUCUCUAAUUUGUUUUACGGUUUCUAACUUUUUGUAUAGAUUUCUUACUGUAUUUAAUAACUUUUUCUUUGUGGGAAUGAAUAACUUACUUAGAGGUAAUAAAUGAUGAGUUACUAUCUAUGUUAAGUAGUUUAUUGUGGUGUUGACUUUUCUAUACACAGCGUCACAAUGUGUAGAACAUUUAAGUAAACCCAGUAAGAUUUAAAAGAUAGUUUCUUCUGAAAACAUUCAGUUUGUGAUUGAUAAAAGAUUUUAUACAGAUAUCUUUCAAGUGUACAUGGUUUAGUAAAUACAUAGAAAUUGUCUUUUUUAUUGUACUUGUAAGAUAUAUGGGCUGUGCUCUAAUAAGUGUGAUAUUUUUUUAUAUAAUUGAUAUUAGAUAUGUUUUCAAGUAUUAAAAUCAUAUUUAGAAGAAACAUGACACGUUCUGUGUUUUAUUUAAGUUUUUUUAGUUAUGUUACUUAACUUUUGUGAUCCUUUUUUUUAGAAAUAUUUUCUUGAAUUGUGAUUUAUUGUUAAUCAGGUUUUUACGGUUUUGACUUUACAUGCAUUAGGUAACUGAGUUUUUUAUUCUGUAUAAUUACGCUUUUUUCAUAUAAAUGCUGAGUUUCCUGUAAGUUCAUUUAAAAUCAAAAUCGUAAAACCUGACGCGGCUGUCAGGCCGUGUGCAUUAGGUUAAGAAUCUCAUGUAUACUUAUGUCUAUAGAAUUAUCUUUUUUGGGGAAUUUUUUGUUAUUGACGAAAUAUCCCCCUAUUAAGUUAAACUAAUCCAUAUGUUCAAGACUGUUAUAUGUAUGCAAACUAAUGCGAUAAAAAAAUUGGUAUGACUUCCCAGAGCUUACCACACAAA